GAUUUAACGUUGGGACUGCGGAGCGUCACUGGUAGCUUUCUCGGUUUCUAAAUGAGUUCCUGCAGAUGUAAUGCUGCGGAAAAUACAGAGAAAGCUGUCUAAUGUAACAUUAAUUAAAAUACUCGGAAGGAGGGCGUGGGUCGAUUUUUGAAUACAUUUUUAUCCUAUGCUGAUCGAGGCUGACGGGGAUCAUGGCCGCCACUGUAAACCUGGAGCUGGACCCGAUCUUCCUGAAAGGUCUGGGAUACCUACAUUCGAAAAGCAAGGAUUCAGCGGAGAAACUCAAGGCUCUACUGGACGAGUCCUUGGCAAGAGGAAGUGACAGCAGCUAUAGGAUCUCACAGAAAGAUAUGGAGAUCGCCAAGGUGUCCGUCGCUAAGGUGAGCUUGAGCAAGCAGGAUUUGAAGUCGUCCUCCGCUGGCUCCUCCUCAAUCGGCAGUAGCAGCAAAUCCAGCAGCUCAGAGAAGAGCAAAAAAGAGAGUGAAAAAAGAGCAUCAGAGAAGAUGAAGGUGGACCUCAUUGACACUGCAGACCCCCCAAAGAAACCCCGUCUAGAGAGGGUGGAGAACCGCGCAUCCCCUGUCACGGUACAGACUAGCAAGGACCUGCCUGUGCCGGACCUGUCUAGCUUCGACGAGACCAGCGCAGACGACUUCGCCAUGGAGAUGGGUCUGGCCUGCGUGGUGUGCAGGCAGAUGACGGUCACCUCUGGAAACCAGCUCGUCGAGUGUCAGGAGUGCCACAAUCUCUAUCACCAGGACUGCCACAAACCACAGGUGACAGACAAGGAUGUCAACGACCCGCGCUUGGUGUGGUACUGUGCCCGCUGCACCCGGCAGAUGAAGCGCAUGGCCCAGAAGACCCAGAAGCCUCCUCAGAAACCAGCCCCGGCCAUCGCGUCCGCAGCCCCAGUGGUGAAGGACACGCUGGUGAAAAGGCCAGACGUUAAGCCCAAACAGGACACAGCCAGCACCUUCCAGGCGUUCAAGAGGACCGAGGUCAAGGCCUCUGCCGUGGUUUCCGUGGCCCCCUCCAGCACCAGCACUUCCCUGCCUGCUGCCAGUGGCCUGAGCGGGUGGGCCGCCUUCGGGGCCAAAGCGGGUCCUGGCGGAUCCAAGCUGGGCUCGUCAGCACAGAGUGGCAGCGGCAAGGCGGCCUCCUCGGGCCAGAAGCCAGUGGGGCUCUCCAGCCUGGCCGGAGCCAAGUCGGGCCUUGGCGCCAAAAUGGCGGGUGGUGGCAACGGCUCCUCUGCGACCCCCCUGAAGCCCCCGCCGCCCCUGACACUGGGGAAGCCAGGCCUGACCCGCGGGUCUGUCACCGAAAGCAACAAGGUGGGCUCGCUGGGCUCCAGCAGUGCCGCCCCAACCGGCGAGGCCGCCGGGAGCGGGGGGGCCGGGGGCAGCGGGCCGAAGGUGACCACGGAGUCCCAGGCGGGGGGCAAGGCGCCCACCUCCCAGGAGUCCCAGGUCAAUGCCAUGAAACGCCUUCAGAUGGUCAAAAAGAAAGCGGCACAGAGAAAGAUCAAAAGAUGAUGUCGCCCCGGCGCCCGUCGCUAUGUAAAUCGGUGACCAUGACGACGGCAGAACUCCGGUCCAUUUGAUACUUGAAUCCGUCUGAAUGCUGCUCUCCCCCCAGGCCGCCCCGUGUCCCAUUCUGUCCAAAAGAAUCCGCUCCCUUGAAGGCAGCUUUGUACGCUCUCCUCUUCUGUUUUAGGAAAUAAAAUGUUUUUUCCCCCUUCUUCUCGAAAGUUAAAUAAAUUUCAUCUUUUUAACAAUUGAA